UGAAAUGGGUUGUUUUUUUUUUUGGACUUUUUGUGAACUCAUAAAAGACAUCCCAGCUGUCCGAGGGAACAAUACCCGCCCCACCUGCAGUAGACACCCGUUUGCAAAAGACGAAUGGAAAGUGCUUUGAGUUUGUCCCCUUUGCUUUAGUUCACAAAACACCUUUCACUUUUUGAUGGUCUUGAAUUUGUAAAGUAAGUAAAAUCAAUUGAAAUCAAAAGAUGUUAAAUUGAGAAAGAAAAAGAUGCUGUCACACUCCCAGCUAGAGGCAGACUGUAGCCUGUAAUUUCAGACUUACUUUGAUUAUAAAGCAUAGUGCCCCCUCCCACCCCUUUUCCUGCUUUUCUUUCUAGUUCUGUAAUCAGGAGACUGCUAUUCUCUUUCUAGUGCUUUAAUUAGUAGUCUGGUCUAAAAUAUAAGAACCUUAAACUUCUUAACAGAAACACUGGUUACUCAUCUCGUUUACAGAGAGGCCACUCAGCCUCUGAGUCAUUCAGUCAUUCAACAAACAUCAUUGAGCACUGAUUAUGUGUAAGAACUGUGCUGCAUGCCAGGGAUUCAGAAACAAAUAGAACACGUUUCCUGCCCCUGAAUGUGCGUUGUCUAAUCAGUGAGACCACAUACAAACGACCAGGCCUAUUCAGUGUGAGAAAUGUUGUAAUUGAGCUACAUACAGAAUUCUGAUUUUGUACUUGUCUCUAGAGUAGCAGUUUCCAUACUGUGUUGUAUUUACCUGUUCAUGUGGCUGUUCCUCUGUGAGCUGUUGGGGCCCAGGAAUGAAUAUGGAUAUGGAUAUGGAUACAGAACGAGUGGUGAAAGGAUGUCUAUUACCAAUGCUAGGCCUGUCUUACAUGGUGUUCCAUAGCUUUUAUAAGUUUCCUUCAAAACGUUUUAGUUACUAAAGAAAAUAGGAAAUGGUCUUGGGGUGGAGCUAUCUGGGAAAUAACGGAUUUUGCAUUCUUGCUAAUUAUUAGCAAAAUGCUCGAUUUGCUUUUCAGGAUUCUCUUAGGUUAAAUCACAUGAAAUUGCCACUUUGUAUGUAAUUUCACAUGGGUCAACCUAAUAAAAAGAGACCAAUUUUACUGCCUCUGGUCUUUUUUAGAUUUAGGACAGGCACAGAAGUGAGGUUCUGGGCAAGUACUGGGCAUCCUGAACAUAUUGCUGCCAGGUUACCAUCUCGGAGCGUGAGUCUCUCCUUGGCGCUUCAGAGAGGAAGGCCGUGCCCAGCCACGCCGGCGGCACGCAGCUCCGAGGUGCAGUUCCUUCAGGCAGUGCCUUCCUGUGGACUGGACAGGGAAUAAAAAUGCUGUUCUGUGCCCAUGUAAAAAUAUUUUUGGUUACCUUGGAAAAUGUACAAGAACAGGGUUUCUUGCAUAUAUAAGAGAAAACAGCAAGUAAAAAGGAUGUGUACACAGCACCAUGAAUGGGGUGCUAUUCUUAGCUGGGGCACUAACCUAGAGAAGAACAGGAAACAGGACGCUUCUGAAUGUGGACUCCAGCUGCCCAGGCUGUAGCCGAGAGGCUUCAAGUCAUAGGGAGACUCAUGACAGCUGCUGGUGUCCUCCAGACCUUCCGCUUUGGUAGAAAGGUUUACACUUUGUAUAUUUCAGACUGAUAUGGGGGAGGAGAUGGCUCGCUCUUCCCAGGGAUCUGGAGAGAAAGAGUAGGCAGAGGCUCUGGAAGUGGACUUCCUGCCUGUCCUCCUCCUUCCAUGGGGAUGGUCUGGAUCUAUGCGGUGGGUGCAGUGGCUCCUCUCAUUCUGAGUGCGUUAGCCUCUGAGAAGGAGAGGGGCGCCUUCUUCAGCGAUUUAAGUGUUCUUUGAUUUGUCGUUCAGUCUUUCACAUUGAGGUCCAAUCUGCUUUACCUGGAAAGUUAAAGACCAGGAAUAGGGAUGUCUGAUGCGUAUUAUAGCCACAGUGGACGUACCGGCUACUUUCUAGUUGCUCAGAGACUGCUGAGUGAUUGAAAUGUAUCAGUGUCUGGAAGUUGGAGCAAUCACCCAGCUUCUCUGUCUGAUGGUGUGAUUGAUAGGGAGGAAUGUUUCCAGGUAAAAUUUUCCCAUAGGAUUAGGAUGGUGAUAGUAUUAGCCAGGAUCUGUGUUGUCACUGUCGCUAUCACUGAAUAAUCUUUACUAUGAAGCUGCUUAGAGUGGGGCUAGUAAGGCAAUAUACAUCCAGCCCCCCACCCUAUAUGCUUAUUGUCCGAUAUUGACAACAGCUCCAAGUCAGUGUUUACAAAGGGCCUGUCUUUAAUUAGAACCUGAUAUGAGAUGAAGUUUCUUCAAGGAGGGCCUGAAGUUGUGGCAUUGCCUCCAAGCAGACUCUCUGAAAGAGAUCGGACCUAUAUAUAAACCAUUCUACUUCCUCAUUUCUCUAAAUGGAAAAAAAAAUCUCAUUUCCUUUCUUUCUUACUCAGAACACUAAGUCCAUUCAGCCACCUCAAAAGAUACAGUAGCCAGGAUACCUGUCUUAGAAGAAAGGAAAAUUUUCUUCCUGAAGAGCGGUGCUUCAGAACCUCAGAGUCUCCUUUCAUCUCUCUCCUGAUUUGAUUACAAUGUGUGUGAAAUGCGUGUAGGGAAAAUACUGUCUGUAGAGAACUGUUACACUGGUUAAUAGCAUGUUCCUGUUCAUGCUUUGACUGCAUGAGUCCCCGUAUUUUCUAGCUGUCACGCUAGUUAGCGGUCAGUUAGCCUCCUUAGGUAAGAGAAAUGCCAGUUAGCUGUCUUCAUGUGAUGGGGAGGAGGAAGGGAGAGAAAACAGUCGUCGUCAGCUUCUCCGUGGAAGCGGUAACCAUGUCAGAGCCCGGCCCCGGAGAUGUGGCGGAAACUGCCAGGAGCCCUGUAGAUCCAGUAACUCACCGUCUCAGUGCUGAGUUUGAUGAGUGCCUCGACCUGCAGAGAUCCGCGCUCAGCUCACAGAGCAGAUGAAAUGCCUGGACCAGCAGUGUGAGCUCCGGGUGCAGCUGUUGCAGGACCUCCAGGACUUCUUCCGGAAGAAGGCAGAGAUCGAGAUGGACUACUCCCGCAACCUGGAGAAGCUGGCAGAACGCUUCCUGGCCAAGACGCGGAGCACCAAGGACCAGCAAUUCAAGAAGGAUCAGAAUGUUCUCUCUCCAGUCAACUGCUGGAAUCUCCUCUUAAACCAGGUGAAGCGGGAGAGCAGGGACCACACCACCCUGAGUGACAUCUACCUGAAUAAUAUCAUUCCUCGAUUUGUCCAAGUCAGCGAGGACUCAGGAAGACUCUUUAAAAAGAGUAAAGAAGUCGGCCAGCAGCUCCAAGAUGAUUUGAUGAAGGUCCUGAAUGAGCUCUACUCGGUCAUGAAGACAUAUCACAUGUACAAUGCCGACAGCAUCAGUGCUCAGAGCAAGCUAAAGGAGGCGGAGAAGCAGGAGGAGAAGCAAAUUGGCAAAUCGGUAAAGCAGGAGGACCGGCAGACCCCGCGCUCCCCCGACUCCACGUCCAACGUCCGCAUUGAGGAGAAGCAUGUCCGGAGGAGCUCAGUGAAGAAGAUUGAGAAGAUGAAGGAGAAGCGCCAAGCCAAGUACACGGAGAAUAAACUGAAGGCCAUUAAAGCCCGGAAUGAGUACUUACUGGCUUUGGAGGCAACCAACGCGUCUGUCUUCAAGUACUACAUCCACGACCUGUCCGACCUUAUUGAUCAGUGUUGUGACUUGGGCUACCACGCUAGCUUGAACCGGGCGCUACGCACCUUCCUCUCUGCUGAGUUGAAUCUGGAGCAGUCCAAACAUGAGGGUCUGGACGCCAUCGAGAAUGCUGUAGAAAACCUGGAUGCCACCAGUGACAAGCAGCGCCUCAUGGAGAUGUACAACAGUGUCUUCUGCCCACCUAUGAAGUUUGAGUUCCAGCCCCACAUGGGGGACAUGGCUUCCCAGCUCUGUGCCCAGCAGCCUGUCCAGAGUGAGCUGGUCCAGAGAUGCCAACAACUGCAGUCUCGCUUAUCCACCCUGAAGAUUGAGAAUGAAGAGGUAAAGAAGACAAUGGAGGCCACUCUGCAAACCAUCCAGGACAUUGUGACUGUCGAGGAUUUUGACGUGUCUGACUGCUUCCAGUACAGCAACUCCAUGGAGUCCGUCAAGUCCACGGUCUCAGAAACCUUCAUGAGCAAGCCCAGCAUCGCCAAGAGGAGAGCCAACCAGCAAGAGACAGAGCAGUUCUAUUUCACGAAAAUGAAGGAAUACCUGGAGGGCAGGAACCUCAUCACCAAGCUGCAAGCCAAGCAUGACCUUCUCCAGAAAACCCUGGGAGAAAGUCAGCGGACAGAUUGCAGUCUGGCCAGGCGUAGCUCAACCGUAAAGAAGCAGGAUUCCAGCCAGGCAAUUCCUCUGGUGGUAGAAAGCUGUAUCCGGUUUAUCAGCAGACAUGGGCUGCAGCAUGAAGGAAUUUUCCGCGUGUCAGGAUCCCAAGUAGAAGUGAAUGACAUCAAAAACGCCUUUGAGAGAGGAGAGGACCCCCUGGCUGGGGACCAGAAUGACCAUGACUUAGACUCCAUAGCCGGCGUCCUGAAGCUUUACUUCCGGGGGCUGGAACACCCUCUCUUCCCCAAGGACAUCUUCCGUGACCUGAUGGCCUGCGUCACAAUGGACAACCUGCAGGAGAGAGCUCUGCACAUCCGGAAGGUCCUCCUGGUCCUGCCCAAAACCACUCUGAUCAUCAUGAGAUACCUCUUUGCCUUCCUCAGUCAUGCCUCCUCUGAUGCUGUCCUCCGGGCGUUCAUGCGAGUGCUUUCCAGCUUGCCCUUUCCCUUCUCCUCCAGUUUAUCACAGUUCAGUGAAGAGAACAUGAUGGACCCCUACAACCUCGCCAUCUGCUUCGGGCCCUCGCUGAUGUCGGUGCCGGAGGGCCACGACCAGGUGUCCUGCCAAACCCACGUGAACGAGCUGAUCAAAACCAUCAUCAUCCAGCAUGAGCACGUCUUCCCAAACCCCAGGGAGCUGGAGGGCCCCAUCUAUAGCAGAGGAGGAAGCACGGAGGAUUACUGUGACAGCCCACAUGGAGAGACUGCCUCGGCUGAAGACUCCGCCCAGGAUGCGACUGCAGAGCACCACACCAGCGACGACGAGUGCGAGCCCAUCGAGGCCAUCGCCAAGUUUGACUACGUGGGUCGGACAGCCCGAGAGCUGUCCUUCAAGAAGGGGGCGUCCCUGCUGCUCUACCAGCGGGCUUCCGACGACUGGUGGGAAGGCCGGCACAACGGCAUCGACGGGCUCAUCCCCCAUCAGUACAUCGUGGUCCAAGACACCGAGGACGGUGUCGUGGAGAGGUCCAGCCCCAAGUCUGAGAUUGAGGUCAUUUCUGAGCCACCUGAAGAAAAGGUGACAGCCAGAGCGGGGGCCAGCUGUCCCAGUGGGGGUCAUGUAGCCGAUAUUUAUCUUGCAAACAUCAACAACACCUUACAUCUUGAGAACUCAAAGCCCACGAUCACCAAGCAGAGGAAGCGGCCAGAAUCUGGGAGCAUCCGGAAAACAUUUCGGAGUGACAGCCAUGGGCUGAGCAGUUCCCUGACUGACCCCGCCUCCCCGGGGGUGGGGGCUGGCUGCCGCCCAUCUUCCCAGCCCAUCAUGAGCCAGAGUCUCCCCAAGGAAGGGCCAGAUAAGUGUUCCAUCAGUGGGCAUGGGAGCCUCAACUCCAUCAGCCGCCACUCGUCCCUAAAGAAUCGGCUGGACAGUCCCCAGAUCCGGAAGACAGUGACAGCAGGAAGGUCGAAAAGCUUCAAUAACCAUCGGCCCAUGGACCCUGAGGUCAUUGCACAGGAUAUUGAGGCAACUAUGAACUCUGCCCUGAACGAGCUGCGGGAGCUAGAGCGGCAGAGCAGCGUCAAGCACACCCCUGAUGUGGUUUUGGACACCUUGGAGCCCCUCAAAACCUCCCCAGUGGUGGCCCCCACAUCGGAGCCCUCCAGCCCCCUGCACACCCAGCUCCUCAAGGACCCCGAGCCCGCCUUCCAGCGCAGUGCCAGUACUGCUGGGGACAUCGCCUGCGCCUUCCGGCCUGUCAAGUCUGUCAAGGUGGCUGCCCCCGUCAAGCCACCAGCCACACGACCCAAGCCCACUGUCUUCCCCAAAACAAAUGCCACUAGCCCCGGUGUCAACUCAUCGGCUUCUCCACAGCCCACUGACAAGUCUUGUACUGUCUGAGGGAUGUAAUUUAAUUGUUCUAGACAGAGGACUGGAGGGACCGUUAUUAAAAUCUUCCUAUUUAACUAGCUUGGGGACUUCAGUUGAAAAGUAGAUUCUAAGUUGUUCUUGCAGGAAUUAGCCUUCCUAUCACCCAAACCUUGAGAAUGAAGCCCUCAUUGUCAGCCCGGCCUGCCCUUCCCGCUGCCCUCUGCUUCUCCCAGUCGUCGUCGUAAUCCAGCCAGCUGCAGUCCAUACUGUUCUUAGGUUAGCCAGAGAUAAGACUUUUUCCAUUAUCAGGUCACUGUGAAAUCUGGCUAGGCGAGUCGUGAGGACGUGGGCUCAAGUCCCAGUCCCCUCAGGCACAGGGGGCGCCUGACCAGAUGGUGGGUUGGCUACUGACAUCCAGCUCUCAGUGGCGUCUUGUUUUGGGUACUGAUUUAUAGAGGAUCAUGUAUAGUCCGUUCUUCAUUUUACACACACACACAGGUAGGUUUUCUAGUCUGGCAUGUGUAGCCUCUCCUGGUCGUAGACCAAUCUCUUUGUAAGUUAUUGUGGCGGUUCACACAGGAGCCACCAGGGGUCUCUGUUUCUGUUCCUAACCUUGAUCUGUCUGGGCCAGAGAACCUAGCCUUUGAAAUCUCUCCGUCAUGUGAAAUUUAGCAGGACGAGACUGGUCCUGUAAUCUGUUUGGGGGUGGGGGCUUCUCUCUGUCUUCUUUCUCUUGGUGUGAAUUGGUCAUUGGUGUCUGCUUUUGCCCCCCUCUGUCCUCUAGAACUACAACCCAGUCUUAUUAUGGAACUUCUAAAGUUUUUCUGAAUGUAUAGACAUUUCUCGGGUUCCUAUCUUAUCUUUUUGUCUCUGACGGACUAUUUUCCAUUUAUGACAUUUUCGUAUAUAAGACAGUUUUAUAGCUGGUUCCUUUUAUGGUCUAGAGUCUUAAGAGAGUUUUAUUGUGUUUAUGGCAGGUUUGGAAAAGGUAAGAAAUGGGUCCUUCUUCCUCCUACUUUUUUGGGCACUUAAGACAUAAAAUUCAUUAUUCUAUUAAAAAAUUCAGCUUUGCUAACCCUGAAAUUGUUUCCAAAUGAAAACUUGUCCUAAGUUCACCCCCUCGUUUGGGUAUUCUACAAGUUCUCUCUUCAGGGACCAACAGGGGCUUGCAGAGUCCUAGUUAGAUUAAAGAGAGACAUUGCCCCUUAAAACAGUUUUUAUUUAUCCAAACAAGGACAAAUAAGAGAACUUUGGCUCCACGGGCUCUAAAGUCCAAGGCUGGAAUCUAAGAAAAUAAAAAAUCAGAUGCUGAAUGUUUUGGCCUUCCUUUGGCCUUUUUUCUGAUUCCCCUCCCAAAAGCAAAAAUGAUACCCUUAUCUGCUUUAAUCCACUCUCCAAAUCUGGUGCCUGUGCUCCCAGCUCCCUAGCAUCACGCUGUCCCGGGAGUGCCAGGGCUGGGGACAGUCACAUCAGGCUCGUGGUCUCAGACAGCUACUUGAGUAAAAGCUGAAACUCAUUCCUCUUCUCUGUUUUCUGGUUUUAAAGCUGCACUUUUCGCCUUAUUUUUUCCACAGUUCAGGAGAGAUGGUGAGUUGCCAUUCAGAUAGGAAAGUUUGAAUUUUCUUAUCUUUGGCCUAGAAGAUUCUUUUUGGACCAACAUUGUGAAGUUAGUAGUUGGCUCUAUGGAAGGUGGUAGGAUUUUGCUCAUUCUGUGUGAAGGAAAAGAGGAGCUUUGUGGGAAAUCACUAAUUCAAAAGAUAACCUGCAACGCCAGGAAAACCGUGCCAAGAGCUGGAAGGGAGAAUUGAAGACUCUUUCAGAGAAGUGAGUCAGCCUGGGAGAGGCACCCACAGGCCUCGGGGUCCUUGGCUCCUGUUGCUCUGUGUAGUGGCCUGUCCCUGUCUGUCACCUGGAUUUAUGCAGGUCCUGAGCCAACAGAGGGCCUUCAUAGCCAAGGAUAUGUUUCCUUGCUGAAAAUGGACGCCCACCCUUCAUGUUACAUUCCUUUUGAUCCGAGUGAUCAAAAUUGGUCCCCGUGCCUGCCCUUUUCCCCCUCCAGCACACUCCUCUAAGAAAAUAAGAGCAAAGCUUUCGUAAUCACACCACUUUGGGCCUAUUCUGUUGCUCCUGCCUUAUUUCUCUUUCAGCCCCGUACAUGACUGUGUUCACCGUCCCCUCGGUCAGUCUCCAUCCGCUGAUUUGCAUCAUGAACUGGACAGUGUGUGAAUGGUCAUCUGCUCCCCUGGCCCUGGGAGCCAAGUUGUCUUCCCCUCUCUGGUGCUCCUGACACCUGUGAGGUGGUCCUGGCGAGGACUGGGGACCCAGAGGAGGAGAGGCCUCGGCAGAGCUCACUGCAGUCAAUUGGAAUCGAGGUCGCACACUGUGAUUUUUACACCGAAAAGCCAAAAGGAGCUGGCCCCCCGGGGCCUCGGGAAACCAGCCCCUCCUCAGAUAUCUUGCCUCAACCAGCAUGAUGCUUCCAGAGCCCCACUCUGCCCCGUGAGGCACGGAUCCUUUUCCUAGUGUGGACUCUGAGGGGUCAGUCUUUGGGGAACAGAGGUGGGGUGGAGCUACCAGCAUCCCAACUUGGAAAAAAGAGGAGUUAGCAGCCAGCAGCCUGUAAACUGGAAACGCUGGUCUCAGCCAGCCUCCUCAGGGCAUCCUGGUUUCUCCCCAAGGAGAUGAGGAGAGAUGACGCCAGCAGCGGGAUGAACAGACCACGGGAAGGGCUGGCGUGUGUGUACUUCCCAUCAGAAGAUAAGUUAGAUCUUCCAGGGAAUUGCGAUGUUGUGGCGUCUGACUUGUAUGUCAUGUUUGUGUAAAACGGUAUAUUCUCUAAACUAGUGUUGAUAACUGGAAUAUCGUAUGUAUGCUUGGAGAUGCUUUGUGUGAACCUAAGACUGUCACUCAACAGAUGUUGGAUUGGGGAAAAUCCAAAGCACAACUUCGAAAUAAAAGACAUUUUUAGGUUUCGA